CAUCGAGUCGGGAGCGAGGCGAAGUGAGGCGAGGCGAGGCGAGGGGUCCGGCGCGAUGGCCAGUGGCCGAGUGGCGUGUGCCAGUUUGAGUGUGACAGUGCGUGCGAGGGCUCGGGCCUCUGGGGACGACGGAGGACGGCGAUGGCUCUGCAGAGCGCCAGGCAGCACGUCCUCACCCAGAGGACGCAGGACGCCGCGCGAAAGAGCAGCUGCGGCGGAUUCCGGAGGAGAUCCUCCCUACUCAUCCACCAGCCCGUGCGGAAAUGGCUGCGCGCCAACCUGCUCCUGGCGCUGACGGUGGGGUCGGUGCUGUUGGGCUGCGUGCUGGGCUUCGUGGGCCGCCUGCUGCACCUCAGCGACGCCUCCAUCCUGCUCGUCUCCUUCCCCGGAGAGAUCCUCAUGCGCAUGCUCAAGAUGUUCAUCAUCCCGCUCAUCGUCUCCUCCCUCGUCUCGGGUAUGGCGCAGCUGGACGCGCGCUGCUCGGGCCGCAUGGGCUUCCGCGCGCUCGCCUACUACAUGACCACCACCAUCCUGGCGGCUAUCGUGGGCAUCAUCGCCGUGCUGCUCGUCCACCCGGGCGACCCCAGCAUCAAAACGCACGUGGACACCGGACCGCCGCCGCAGCGUGUCUCCUCGCUCGACGCUGUGCUCGACAUCGUCAGAAAUCUGUUCCCAGACAACUUAAUACAGGCGUGCUUUCAACAAGUGCAGACCACUUACACGACGGUGGCGAAGGUGGUUUUCCAUGACAACAGCACGGCAAGCGGUGAACCGACAACGUACCAGAAGGCAUCCCUGGUAUACAAAGACGGCACUAAUGUUAUGGGAAUGAUCGUAUUCUGUUUGGCGUUUGGUCUUCUGGCUGGCCAGAUGGGCCCGCGCGGAAGACUGAUGGUUGACUUCUUCGUAGUCCUCAAUGACAUCAUAAUGACUCUGGUCAGCGCUGUCAUGUGGUACUCCCCGUUCGGCAUUCUAUGUCUGAUCGCGGGCAAAAUCAUGUCCAUCGACAACCUGGCGGAAACAGCGCGCCAACUGGGCCUGUAUAUGGUGACGGUGAUCCUGGGUCUGAUGGUGCACGCCAUCAUCACGUUGCCAGCCAUCUACUACUUCUUCACGCGUCGCAACCCGGCUACGUUCUUUCGAGGCAUGCUACAGGCGUGGGUGACCGCGCUCGGCACUGCCUCUAGCGCGGCGACGCUGCCCAUUACGUUCCGGUGCCUGGAGGAGAACAACAAGAUCGACAAGCGCGUGACACGCUUCGUGGUGGCGGUGGGUGCCACCGUCAACAUGGACGGCACGGCGCUGUACGAAGCGGUGGCCGCCAUCUUCAUCGCGCAGAUGAACGGCAUCCCGCUGGGCAUCGGCGAAGUCAUCACCGUCAGCCUGACGGCGACGCUGGCGUCGGUGGGUGCCGCCUCCAUCCCCAGCGCCGCCCUCAUCACCAUGCUGCUCAUUCUCUCCGCGCUCGGACUGCCCACCUCCGACAUCUCCUUGCUUUUCGCCGUCGACUGGUUGUUGGAUCGCAUACGUACAUCCAUCAACGUGCUGGGCGACGCGUACGGCGCAGGAAUCGUCUUCCACAUGAGUAAAGACGAAUUGGACCGCAUGGACGCCGAGAGGAUGGCCGAACAGGCGGAAGCGGGAGAGAUUGAGAAGCUGUCGGGCGACAAGUUCGCACCCAGCGGGGACUGCGCACUUGUAUCGCUGCCGGCCGCAGACACCCACGUCUAGUGCAAUAGAUGGUCACCAGGGCGCAGCACAAAACGACACUCGCGCGCACUAUCAAGCCUGGUGAAUUUAAAAGGAGAAAGAGGAAGAGCGACAAAUAAAUACUUAUUGUACGUUACUAUGUAUGCAUUUAACUAUCAGUAAGCGUCAGCUACAUUAUUUGGAUGAGAACUAGUCUUGUAUCGAUCCCAUUUAGGGAGCUUUUAAGUAGUUAAAAAUGUAUUUAUUCUUAGAUCUUUCAUUUAUAUAAAAAUUACACUUUUAAAAAUCACAUGUUCUCCACCCAGUUACUCCUUUCAUGUAGUAGGGUAGAAAAUAAUUAAAGUGAAUGAGAAAUGUUAUAAUGAAAUGUUAAGAAAACAAUUACAAAGUUUUAUUAUAGACUCAGUAUAUUACUAACUUCAAUAAUCUUUAAAUAAAAAAUAUAUUAAAUAUUUCUAAUAGAAUAGGCAAUUACUUGGUCUAGUCUAUAGUACCCAUCUUUCAUUAAAAAAUUCUCAUAUGCUUCCAGUUUAUAUACAAAAAGUCAACAAUCUGGAGCAUAUGCAUUCAUCUAGUUGUAAAAGUAUACAAAGAAAUCAGAAACAAAAAUAGUUCUAAAGAAACUCAAUAAGAUAUUAUUAACAAUGUUACAAUUCUUUCAAGAAGAGAUAAAGACAUAACAACAUCUUAAAUAUUGAAAUUCUUAAAUUCCAAAUGUUCACAAUAAUUACACAGUACGAACUACUGAACAACACUCCUUAGACCAGGACUUGCAAUAUAUAUAGAGAGAGUGAGAAUAUUGUACCACAUUGAGCAUUUAUAGUACAAAAGUAUUCAUAUUAUAAAAAGGCAGAGCCCAUUUAUUCUAUACAUAAUACACCAUAUGUAACCAAAGUGCGUAUUGUAAUUUUGUCUCAAGCUUCUGAAAAUAAGACCUGUGGGCGGCAGGCACUUGUGGUGGAACGGAGGACUUUAAACAACAUUCCUGCAUGCUUCCAAUUCAAAAUCCCUGAAUCCUCAUUCAUAUUUUAUUCAUAUAACAAUUAUUUAGAACAGUUUAGUUAGAUGUUUAGGUUAAGUUAGAAUAGUUAAGAUUUAAUUUCUUUAUGUAGACUUUAAUGGGCAGCUUCCAGCUCUUGACCUCCAGCAAAGCUGAAAGCUGCCCUCUGAUAUGUAUCUGCUGCUUUGGUGUAUGUGAGAGAGUCAUGUUUUUUAUCUUAAAAGAUGAUAAAAUAAAACAUAUUUAUGACUAUUGUUAUUUAUAUGUGUGUCUUCUUGAUCCCAAAUUAUAUUUCACUAGGCCUACAGCAUGUCAUAAUAUCAAAUGGACCUACACUAGAUGAAUUGUUCACAGCUUCCCAUAAUCUUUCAUGAUAAAUUUAGUCUUUAUAAAAAGUAUUCUUCUGUUAAUCAAUAAACAAACAAUUAACAAACAGGGGCUAAGUUACUAAACUAAAUUAAACAGUUUAAUUAAACAAAAUUAAAGCCGUUAAUAAAAUAGAAAAUUUGGUAUUAGGCAUUUAAUCCACAUUAUUGCAGAACCUCUCCUCCUUGAAAUAAGUUCUAUCGCUUUUUCCUGGAAAGCUGUAUUAAAA